AAUAAACUAUCAUUAUCAUCUACUGCUAAUAUGAUCAUAAUUAUUAAAAAUUAAUCAGUAUCCAAAUAUCAAUACAUUUUUUAGAUGUUAGAAAUAAUUCAUUAAUAUUUUCAAUGCAGUAAAUUUCAGUUCAACAAUAGAUGACUAAACCUACCUAACCUCACUUUUAGUCAUAACUUCUGCAGAGUAUUACUUUCAGUUAAUUUUUGAUUUUGAUUGAAUGAAAUCGUUUCAAAAUGACAAAAGAUAAAAAUUCAUCCCCAGGAGAUGGUAUACGUUCACUAAGAACAUCAAAACUUUUUAGGGCCGCCAAUUUUGAGUUGUAUGUUCGACCAAAUAUUGUAAUAAUGGUCCUGGGUCUAAUAGGCAUAGCUGGAUGUUCAGGUUACCUGACAUACAUGAAGUACAAAUAUGAAAAAUUAGGAUAUUAUGCUGCUAUAAAAAGUGAUGGAACUGAGCAAUUUACCAAAAAGACUUCCAGAUGGGAUUGAUCACUUCAUCUGUAGUGGCAGUGCAAUAGAUAUCAUAUUAUAACGUCACAAUCAACAAUUCAUUAGCCAUGAAUACAUGGUGGUAGAUUUUUAGAAAAAUAUACCAUAAUUUGACUCACAAUUUAUCUCUGAAGGUGUUUUUGAAUAAUUUUCUUCAAUAUAAU